AUGGUGGUGUCUCGGCUUCCCUUCUUUUCGGUGGUCGCAUUCGGGCAGCUCGCCAAUGUGGUUUCGGCUGCCAAUGUCUUCGCCCAUUUUAUGGUUCAAAACUCAUACUCAUACUCCCAGGAUGAUUGGGCAAAUGAUAUUGCUACUGCUCAGUCAAUCGGCAUAGAUGGUUUUGCCCUGAAUGUUGCCAGUCCCAGCGGCUACGAGCCUGAUCGCAUCGAAAACGCGUACGCCGCAGCGGAGGCCGCGGGAUUUAAGCUCUUCUACUCUUUUGAUAUGGUCUCUGUCAGUGGGGCAUGGUCAUCGGACACUAUUGCGGCCCAAAUCGAAAAGCAUGCGACAUCUUCAAACACAUUUCUAUGGAAUGAUACAGUCCUCGUCUCCACCUACGCCGGCCAGGACAACGGGAAUGACUUUUGGGUGGCUGUAAAGUCUACGCUCUCUGACCAAGGAAUUGACAUUUCUUUUGCACCCGCCUUGACUUCUUACCGGGAUCCCUCUCUGACCGAGACGAUGUUGUCCACCUUCACCCGCAUGACUUUCCAAUCACCUACGUUCUUCUUCUGCAGGCUUGACGAUGUCAAUGAAACGCUCACCGUGGGCACAGAUCUUGCUUACAAGUCUGCGAUCAAGGAAAGUCGAACUGCUGUAUCACCGUGGCAAUUCAAAGAUAUCAGUGACCAGAACUGGGUUGAACAAAGCGACACUCUGUGGAAUUACCGAUGGCAACAGGCCAUCAAUGACGUGCAGCCCGAUAUCGUUGAAAUCGUGACCUGGAAUGACUAUGCAGAAUCAUCAGCUCAUUACAUCGGCGAUAUCAAUCCCAACGUUGCGCUGUAUGAUGCCGCCGCCCAUAUCACUGGCAUUGAUCACGCCGCAUGGAGAAUUGUAGCUCAGUAUUAUAUUAGCUACUUCAAGACAGGCGCUGCCCCUGCCAUUACCGAGGACCAAGUAGUUUUCUGGUACCGCAUCCAUCCCCGCGAUACGACAUGCUCAGGAGGUACCCAGCCCCGCAUGUACGACUUCCCUGCGGACGCAGUGUUCGCCUUGGCGAUGCUCGCCGAGGAUGGUACCGUUGCUGUCGACAUAGGCAACACCAGCCACACCGAGUGCACCGCCAGUGGAGGCCAGCUUAUCAUGGGGAUCACGUAUUUCCCAUCUGAAGAUAAUCAGACCCCUGCGGUUAGUCUCAUUCGCAACGGCGCUACGGUAAAUUCGACAAACGGACAGCAGGUCAUUACGACGAGUUGUUCAUACUACAACUUUAAUCCUGUAGUGGGUGCUUUGAGUGCCUGAGUUUGUGAUGCUUGAUCGCCGUCGAUUAUACCCUUAUCUAUCUCAUAUUUAUACACUGAUUGAGACAC